AUGGCCGAAGCAACGAACACAGACAUCGGUAUUCUGCCGAGGCUUGGCUUGAAUGCUUGCCCAUGGCCAGCAUUCGCGGCCAGCCUCCUGGGCUCUGUUUUGGCCCUCAUGCUCUACCGCCGGUACAUGGCACCUCUCAGUGACGUCCCUGGGCCAUUCUGGGCGUCGGUUGGGCGGAUGUGGCACACGAGAAUGAUCAUGAGAGGCAACCAGGGCGAAGAUCUGCUUCAGCUACACCAGGAGUACGGCCAUUUUGUUCGCAUCGCGAACAAUGAGGUUAGCGUCUGCCAUCCUGAGGUUGUCAAGGAGCUCAUCUUGACACCUCUCCGGAAGGAUGCAUUCUACAAAAUCUUUGCCUUUCCAGACUCCAGAUAUACCAAUGGUAUGACCGUUCUCGACCCAAAGCAAAAGUCCGAGCACUCCAGGAACUUUGCCCCGGGCUACUCUUUAUCCAAUAUGCUCCAUUGUGAGGAACCCAUCGACAAGGUGAUCGGGUUGUUGAUGGAUUGGAUGGACAGCUACGCCGACAACGGGCAAGCGAUGCACCUUGAUCGGUUCUGCACCUUCACCUCGAACGAUGUGACGGGCGAGGUCCUCUUCUCCCGGCCGUACGGGUUUCUGAGGAGGGGCUAUGACAUUGGAAAUGCCAUUUCCAACAACGUGCGUCUAGGUCUCUUCGCCGCCGUGGCAGGCCAUCAUUGGUUGGUACUGAUGAUCCAUGCCAUUUUCCUCGCGAACCCCUUCACCACUUGGCUGGGCGUCAUGCCUACUGGCCACAUCUUGAAGGUCACCAUGGACUCACUCCACGAGCGUGAGAACAGGGAGACAAAAGGUGGCAAUCGCUUUGAUCUGCUGGAGUACUGGCUUAAAACCCUGCGCGAUCGCCCUGAUCGCCUCGACCUGAAUACGGUCCAGGGCCAGACCAUCGGCACUGUCGCUGCCGGUGGAGACGCCACGUCGACGGCGCUUCAAUCGUUUUUGUAUCACAUGAUUAGGCACCCGACAGCCUGGCGCCGACUACGAGAUGAGAUCGACGCCGCGAGCAAGCAAGGAAGGUGUCAAGACAGAAUCAUCAGCUUCACCGAUACCCAGAAACUACCUUUCCUGCAGAUAUGUAUCAAAGAGGCCAUGCGCGUUUUUGCACCAGUUCAACAAGGUCUUCCACGUGUGGCUCCAAGGCACGGUGUCAAAGUUGGAGACCGAGAGUUCCCAGAGGGAACCAUCCUUUCUGUCAGCACAUUUGUGCUGCAUAGGUCCAAGGAGAUCUGGGGAUCUGAUGCGGAAGUGUUCGACCCUGACCGGUGGUCCGCGGCAGACAUUUCUUCGAAGGAGAAGUAUUUUAUACCAUUCAGCGGUGGUUAUAAUGGUUGUCCCGGACAGCACCUUGCGAAGAUGGAGGUCGCUAAGAUUUGUGGAACUAUAGUCCGCGAUUACGACAUCAGACAAGUCGAGCCAAAGAAACCGUGGUCGUACAAGGCGUAUUUCAACGUGGUUCCGCACUCUUGGCCUGUAUUCGUUGCCAAGAGGCGCCGUCAUUAG